CUUUUUCAGGGUUGGUUAAAAACUUACGGCUACUUACUUCCAUCUGACAGCCAAAUGUCUGCCUUGCAGUUGGGAAAAGCUGUGCAGUCUGCGGUUGCCACUAUGCAACAGUUUUAUGGGAUCCCAGUAACAGGAGUUUUGGACCAGACAACUAUUGAGUGGAUGAAGAAGCCUCGAUGUGGAGUUCCAGAUCAUCCUCACCUACGCUAUAGCCGGAGGAAAAAGCGGUAUGCACUAACUGGGCAAAAGUGGAGGCAGAAGCAUAUAACCUACAGUGUGCACAACUAUACGCCCAAGGUUGGAGAGAUUGAUACGAGGAGAGCCAUUCGUCAGGCAUUUGAUGUUUGGCAGAGAGUGACACCACUUACCUUUGAAGAGGUCCCUUACCAUGAAAUUAAAAAUGACAGAAAGGAGGCAGAUAUUAUGAUAUUUUUUGCUUCUGGUUUCCAUGGAGACAGUUCUCCGUUUGAUGGAGAAGGUGGAUUCCUAGCUCACGCUUACUUUCCUGGACCAGGAAUAGGAGGAGAUACUCACUUCGAUUCAGAUGAGCCAUGGACCCUGGGAAAUUCUAAUCAUGAUGGGAACGAUCUCUUCCUGGUUGCAGUCCAUGAGCUGGGACAUGCGCUGGGCCUCGAACACUCCAAUGAUCCCAGUGCUAUCAUGGCUCCUUUCUACCAGUACAUGGAAACACACAACUUCAAACUCCCCCAGGAUGACCUCCAAGGAAUUCAGAAAAUCUAUG